AUGCCUCAACCCAAGUCCAAGACCUCCCUCGGUCUGGGCAAUUCGUUGAUGAACGAUCGCUUCGGCAAGGGCAAGGGCUCCGAUCGCAAGAAAGGCGGCGCGGGCGUCACGCGAAUCAACCACGCAACUGGCGAAGAGUACAUUACGAACGAGAAGAAAGAGGCAUCAUGGGUCAAGAUGCGCUCCGUCACCCAACAGGGUGCGCUGGACGAGUUCCUCGCCACUGCCGAGCUCGCCGGAACCGACUUCACUGCCGAAAAGAUGAACAACGUCAAGAUCAUCCACACCGAUCAGAGAAACCCAUACUUGCUGUCUGCGACGGAGGAGCGAAAUAUCCUGGGCAAGCACAACAAGCACAGAGCGAGCUUGACAGUACCGAGGCGGCCGCAGUGGGAUGCCUCGACAACAGCCAGCGAGUUGGACCAGCGAGAACGCGAAAGCUUCCUGAAUUGGCGGAGAGGACUGGCAGAGCUUCAAGAACACAACGACCUGCUCUUGACCCCCUUCGAGCGCAAUCUGGAAGUUUGGCGACAGCUAUGGCGAGUCAUUGAGCGGUCAGAUCUAGUGGUUCAGAUCGUCGAUGCGCGAAAUCCCCUGAUGUUUAGAUCCGAAGAUCUCGAGAACUAUGUCAAAGACGUCAAUGCGGCAAAGAAGAACUUGUUGCUGGUCAACAAGGCCGAUAUGAUGACGACAAAGCAGAGGAAGGCCUGGUCAAAAUACUUCAAGGAGAAGCGCAUCGCGUAUAGGUUCUUUUCGGCGAGCUUGGCCAAGCAGCUGAACGAUUCUCGCGACCUUGAAGAUGAAGAGCCACUACAGGGUGAAAGCUCCAACCCGAAAACCAUCCAGGCGCAACAGCCGGUAGACUCCUCGGAAGAGGAUAGUGAAGAUGACAGCGAAGACGACAGCGCAGAGGAGACAGACGAAGAACCGGAAGCAUCGGGGGCGUCCUUGGUCGACAGUGACGAUGAUACGAGAAUAUUGACUGUUGAGGAACUCGAGGAUAUCUUCAUCAAACAUGCGUAUGACCCUGACGACCCGGAUAAAAAGCUAGAGAUCGGUCUGGUCGGAUACCCCAACGUUGGAAAGUCGUCGACUAUCAAUGCCCUCAUAGGUGCGAAGAAGGUCUCGGUUUCCGCGACACCUGGAAAGACGAAGCACUUCCAGACUAUCCACCUCAGCGACAAUGUCAUUCUAUGUGAUUGUCCUGGUUUGGUGUUCCCUAACUUUGCCACAACCAAGGCGGAUCUCGUCUGCAACGGCGUCCUGCCCAUCGACCAGAUGAGAGAGGCUACUGGUCCUGCGACCCUGGUCGCACACAGAAUACCCCAACCGUUCUUGGAGGCUGUAUACGGCAUUCAUAUCCACACGCGCCCACUGGAAGAGGGCGGGACGGGAAGUCCAACUGCUAGUGAGCUUCUUGCAGCAUAUGCUAAAGCUCGAGGCUUCAAGACUCAGGGUGUAGGUUCACCUGACGAGUCCCGAGCGGCGAGGCAUAUCUUGAAAGACUACGUGAACGGCAAACUUCUCUACGUGGCGCCUCCACCUGGUUGGGAUGAUAGCGCCAACUUCAACCGCGAGCUCUACGACGCAGCUCACCUACCGGAGAAGAGACGCGCUCAACUACAGGCAGCUAUGGAAGCGCUAGAUGUCGGUGACGGCGAAUCCACCAUCGACACCGAGGUUCUUGCGUUGCCAACCGGCGCAAAGUCCCAAAAACUGGACAAGACCUUCUUUGCACAGAACGGAGGCAACGCCGGGCACAUGACCAUGCCGUUCAACCGCAAGUACACGGAACAGGGCAAAGACCAGGCACAGGCACAGGCCAGGGGGCUUAGCGGGCGCAAGGCGCGAGCCAUGAUUGCGCUUGAGACGGGGUUGGACCCCAAGGAUGUCCAGCUUGGGUCAAGCAAAAAGCACUUCAAGGGUCACAUGAAGGGAAAGAAGAGACAGGACAACAAGAUGCUGGGUCAAGACUGA